CGUUAUUUAUUAUACACUAUUUUCUUAUUUACAGGAAAUUGUCUAUCACAAUCGUACAAUCAGUUCAAUUAGAUUCAAUUAAAAUUAAUAAUCUUCAUAAAAGUUAAGUGACUUGUACAAACGACUGCUAAAAUGUCUUUACAGGAGCAAUUCGAAAAGGCAGCUGAAGAUGCAAAAAACUUAAAAACCAAACCAUCGGAUGAUCAUCUUUUAGAAUUGUAUAGCUUAUAUAAACAAAGCAUUACCGGAGAUUGCAAUACAGAAAAGCCGGGCUUUUUUGAUUUUGCUGGUAAAGCAAAGUGGGAAGCAUGGAAUGCACGCAAAGGAAUGUCACAGGAUGACGCUAAAAAAGCUUACGUAGAAAAAGUGCAGAGUCUGAUUGCUGAAUAUGGCUUAAAUUAAAUUAAGAAUAUAACUGAUAAAAUAACUGAUCGCACAUGCUCUUAUCAAAUUUGAUAUUUUUAUUACAUACAUUUAUACUUUCUAUUCAUAGUCAUAUUGCAUUAGAGAUAAGACUACUAAAUUGAUUUAAAAAUUGUAGUAAUCCUGAUAACCUACAAUGUUAAAUUUCGAAAGCAAGCGUGUUUAUACAUUUUCUUAUAAUUAUAUAAUAUUUAAAAACCAAAAUUAGAAGAAAAAUUUUAUAUUUAAC